UGAAGAGGAGCAGAGACAAAAUACUGGAGGCUUGUUUUUGUGCUUUUGGGGGAGAGGUUUGCUGUGUCAUGCCUUGUGUUUAAUUUCCAAAAAAUAAAGAAGAGCCUCGUCCUGAUGCUGCUUAUUUAUACACCUCCUGCACGUGCUCACAUUCAAGGUUGAUAGAGAGUGCAUGGACCGGUCUGAAUACAGGAAGUUACAUCAUGAACGGCAGAGAGGUUGCCCUCUUCUGGACUUGGAUGGGUACUAGUCUGUGGGUGUGCAUGUGUGUGUGAAUAGAGGGGCCUACAUGCUCUCUCUCACAGCUCCUCUCCACCCAUGAAGGACACACACACACAUAACACACAGUUUGUCUAACGUGUUUUUCGCAGCAAGGCCGGGGGAGCAUCCUGCUGUAGAGGAAAGACUGGGAAGCUCUCUGAUUUCAUCAGGAUGAACAGCAGAGGAGUCUGGAGAAGAUGACACAGACUGGCAGCCUCUCCCUCUCUCUACACUGGCUGGAUUCCCACAGAUCCAACAUCAUUCCAGGGUUCAUCUGAUGAGAUUUAGCCGCCGAGGUUUUUCAGUCCUCUCCUCUGUAAGGCCACCUGCACAGUUGUAUUGCUGUUUUGGUGCACCGAGGCAUCAUGGGAAACAUAGUCCAGUGCUGUCACACACUGUCAAACUACCUCAAGUGUAAGGAUACACCGGUCCAGGGUGAGGCAGAAAGAUCCCCUCUGCUAUCCAGCGAAGAGAGUGAAUGCGAAUCACCGAGCCUGCCGGACGACUCGGAGGACGAUCUGUCAACCGUCUCCAACGGCGUGACAAACCCCACCCUCGAACCAGAGCACUUCCUGUUUCCCGACAUCAUCCUAAGCAGCAACCCGGGAGGAGAAGUGACUCUGGUGGAGCCGAUGGUGUGUCUGCUGGUGUCUGAGGAGGACGAGGGAGCGAGGGCGGAUGAGCCUGGAGAUGAAGGGAGCAACAGGUGGAGAUUUAGGGGGUUUUCAGAGGUGGAGACGCAGACCGAAGUGGAGACACACAUGGGGGUGCAGACUCAGACAGAGUCACAGGCAGAAGUUCAGGCACAAGCAGAAAGACUUGAGACUGUGGAGAGAGAAGUAAACACACUAACAAAUGCUGGCACUACUAAAGAGAUGGUUGUGGAAGAACGUGAAAUACUAAGAGAGGUGGAUGUGCUCUUGGAGGCACAAACAUCACGAGAGAGACACUCUGGGACCUGGGCUGAAGUUUCUGAGAGACAGACAGAGAAAAACAAACUGUCCUUCAGAGUCAGAGACAAGGAAGCUGAACCGGAAGAACUGAAAGGGAAUCACAUCCAUGAGGAAUCGGCCACCAAGUCAACGAAACAUACAUUUCAAACCGAACAAAAUGCAAAGCUAAUAGAGGAGUUAAACACUGACGAAGAGAAACAGAAUACUGCUCAGGAAAAUACAGACUUUGCCUGGACAGAGCCGAUACAAGACAAAGAGCAAAACAUUGAGUGCACCUCAGUGAUGCCGACUCAACACAACAAUAUGGAUGAGAAGUCACAGAAGGAAGUUCAGCUGACAAAAUGCAGCAUCAACAGCACUGCAGUUGUGGAGACCUUUGACCCUGCUGAGUGUCGUGUGGACCUAACACACCAGAGUAAUCAGGAUAAUGAGCAGAUGGGACAGGCCACUGUGGUGUCACAUCAGAAUGUAAAUGAAAAGGGCACAAAAACAAACACAAAUCUGUCUGAGGACCAUAUAAAUGGAGAUCAUAUUCAAUGCCAGGACCCGGCAAAGAUGGAGGAGGACGACAACAAGACAGCUGUGCCACAUGUGGAGGAGGAAGAGGCUGAGAUGAAGCAAACCUUGUUUUUAGUGGACAGGCUGUUUCUGGCAGCACCACAUGUCAAAGCGCCUCCGAGUCAAAUUGAGGAUGAUCGCCAACAGGAGUCUGAUGCUGAAAAGAGGAAACUCAGUGACGUAGUUGAUCUCCAAGAGACCGACUUCACUGUCAGAAUUCAGCCUCCUGGAACAGAAAGUUUUGAGCUUCAGGUGUCGGGCCAGAUGUUGGUGGCGGAACUGCACCAGGUGCUGAUGGAGCAUGAGAUCACCUGCCACCGCACAUGCUUCUCCCUCCAGCUGGGCGGCGUCGCACUCGACAGCCUCACAGAGCUGAGCUCCAUCCUGGGCAUCCGGGACGGAGCGCCGAUCAAGGUGGUGGAGGGUUCUUACACGGUGCGUGAUGCUCGUCUUCAUCUCAGACACGUUCGUGAUCUUCUGAGGAGCCUCGACCCCGCAGAUGCAUUCAAUGGAAUGAACUGCAGCUCACUCUCUUACCUCACCUUUUACACCAGAGGACACAAAGACGGUGAAAGUGUGGGGAACAGGCGAGCUUCUGAAAAGGAGUCUGUUGACUGCAGCCCUCCAGAAUACGUCCUCCCUGGAUGUAAGGACCGACCACUAACUCCACUGCAGCCACUCAGAGAUGACUGGAAGCCAUUACAGUGCCUGCGGGUUCUGACCAUGAGCAGCUGGAACCCUCCUCCAGGAAACAGGAAGAUGCAUGGGGACUUGAUGUACCUCAAUGCCCUGACCAUGGAGGACAGAGAAGUCAACAUUACAUCCUCUACACGCGGUUUCUACCUCAACCAGUCAACUGCCUUCAACUUCAACCCUAAACCUGCACUUCCCAAAAUCCUUUGCCACUCUCUAGUUGAGCUGCUGAGUCAAGUCAGCCCUGCUUUCAGGAAAACCUUCAGUGCCCUGCAGAAGAAGAGAGUCCAGCAACACCCUUAUGAGCGGAUCAGAGCACCUUUCCAGGUGUUCACCUGGACCGCCCGUCAUAGAGACCACACCCUCGACUGUGUCAGAGCGGAGGAGACGCACACCAGUCGCAUGGGCCAGGACGAGCACACAGCUGGGCAGAGUCGGGACUGGAAUGAGGAGCUGCAGGGAUGCAGGGAACUCAGCAGGAACUCCCUUCAGGAGCGCCUACAAAGAGAGAGGAGCAUAUUCAAGACAAACAGUGACUUUGUUGCCGCUGCAACACGAGGCGCCGUUGCCGUUAUCGACGGUAACAUCAUGGCGUUGAACCCGGGGGAGGCGCCUCAUAUGCAGAUGUUCAUCUGGAACAACCUGUUCUUCAGCCUGGGGUUUGACAUAUCUGAGCACUACCAGCCACUAGGGGGCAACGCUGCUGCUCACGCUGCUGCCAUCUGUGACCUGAGGGGAGCACAGGCAUACGCAUCUGUGGACAUAGAGGGGCUUCACACACUUGGAACAGCCGUGGUAGAUUAUCGUGGCAUCCGUGUUAUCGCUCAGACCAUCGUUCCUGGGAUACUGGAGAAAAAUCAGGAGCAGAGUGUAGUCUACGGCUCUAAUGACUAUGGAAGAACUGUUUCCACACACCCCAGGUUUCUGGAGCUUCUGGAUAAAACCAGUAAACCGCUAAGAAUCCAGCGUCACCAGGUGCUCGACCUCAGCAACAGCCCAGUGGAGCUCUGCUCUGGCAUCGAGACCAAAGGCAUCCUGGGUAAUGACGGACGACCCUACAUCUUGGACCUCCUCCGGACCUUCCCCCCCGACCUUAACUAUCAGUUCUCUGAGACAGAGGAGAGGAGGAGGGAGGCGCCGAAGAAGUGUCAGAGCUUUGGUUACCCACGGCGACACCAUCACAGACUGGCCAGCCUGAGACCAGAGCUGAUAGAGGCCUUCGUCCAGCACAGGUAUGAACUUUAUGUCAAGAUGGUGUCCCAGGGGCUCGUCCAACCGGAAGAGCAAGACAACGCUACGGAGCAGAGUGAAGACCCGGUCUGUGAGCCGAGAACUGGAGACGAAUUUCAGAGAAGAAAUGUGAUAAUGAAAGCUUGUGAGGCUGUCGGAUCAGUGAGUGACUCCUGCUUUGACAUCCGCUUCAACCCUGAUGUUUGCUCUCCAGGUGUUCGUUUCCCCUCUGAGUGUUUCGAGGAGGUUCAGAAGCAGAGACAGCUGUUAUGGGACGCGGCUGCUUUUCUGCUGACCAAUCAGAUUCCCGCAGUGCUGAGGGACUGUCUCGAAAACGCAGCGGUGCCGAUGGAUGGAGCGACCCUGACCUCGGUGCUACACCAGCGGGGUGUGAACGUGCGAUACCUGGGCAUCCUACUGAAGGAGCUGGACAGGGAGGAGGAGAGAGGAAGACUCAGCCACAUACAGAGAAUUUCUAUCGGUGAAGUCAUCAUCAGAAGUGCAAAACACAUUUUCAGGACCUUUCUACAGGAUGUGGAAGCAGCAGCUUUCUCCGCUGCUGUCAGUCACUUCCUAAACUGCCUCCUGAGCUCCUCCUCCUCCUGUUUCCCCGACUCCUGCUCCGAUGAGCUGCUCUCUCGCCGCAGGAGCCGGCGGCGACGGAGCCACGGGGGUCGAGUCGCCUUGUUGACAGACAGUGUGUGGGCCAGAAUGACCCCCAGUGAGCUGUGGGGCCGGAUCAGGACUGAAGCUGGAGAUUAUUACCACUACAUAAUAGACAGUGAAAGUAUAGAUGAAGUAAUAGAAAAGCACAGCCUUCAGAGGAUCUCCCUGCUGAGAGAGAUGGCCAUCAAGACGGGCAUCCAGGUGCAGCUGAGGGAGUAUGUGUUUGAGUCUCGACACAGGCCAGUGUUCAGUGAGGAAGAUGUUGUCAACAUGUUCCCCGUGGUCAAACAUCUCAAACCUACAGCAACGGAUGCCACGUGGCUCGUGCAACACGCACAGGUGGCGAUGCAGCAGGGGCUUCUCAAAGAUGGCUAUGAGUUGAUUAGCCAGGCCCUGACUCUGUUCAGCAGCGUAUGUGGGGUCCUGCACGAUGACGUGUGCAUGUGCCUGCGUCUCCUGGGACGGAUCUGCUACAUCCUGGGGGAAUAUGCAGAUGCCCUCAGCCACCAGGAAAAGGCUGUUAUGAGUAGUGAGAGAAUCCAAGGUAUAGACCAUCCACAGACCAUACAAGACUAUACUUUCCUGGCCCUGUACUGCUUUGCUGGAGGCCGAAUUUCGACCUCCCUGCAGCUGCUGUAUCGCGCCCGGUACCUCGCCCUGCUGGUGAGCGGAGAAGACCAUCCACAAGUGGCACUGCUGGAUAGUAUGCUGGGUCUAGUACUUCAUGGACUGAUGGAGUAUGACCUUUCCCUGAAGUUCCUAAAGAAUGCCUUAAUUUCAACCUCAAAAUAUCACGGUGCCACGUCACUGAAGCACGCACACAGUCACCAUCUGCUCGCCACUGUGUACGAGAGUAAAGGAGAGUUUCGAUCCGCUCUGCAACACGAGAAAGAGGCUUAUUCGCUAUAUAAGAGCCAGGUUGGGGAGAACCACGAUAGUACGAAGGAAAGCUCCGAGUACCUGAAGAGCCUCACCCAGCAGGCUGUGAUCCUUCAGAAAGCCAUCAACCAUAUCUACAGUAACACACCUAGUGCCUGUAUUCCACCUCCAAAGUUUGCCACACCAAGCCUUCCCAGAAUCCUUCAGCAGCUCAACCUGACAUGUGGAAUCAUUCUCAUUCCCCUCAGUGAAAAAGAAAUUGCAGACCUGAGGACUGAAUUGAAAGGAAACGUAAAGGUUCAAAUGGAAGAGCUGGAAAAAAAGACUUAAGAACUGCAGACUACAACCCUGAACUAUGGACCAAACGGACAGUUACGAUAGAACAUCUGUGUAGUCAGUCAGACUCCUGAAAAUGGCUGCAGACAAAUGUGCAACUUGCAAAUUGCUGGUGAUGACAG